ACCACUUGGGCUUAUUUUCAAAAUUCUCCUUGAGUUUGUGUGUGUGAACAUUUUUUUGAUGAGGGGACUAAAAUUUCAUCUGAUUCAUAACUUAUGACUAAAUAAGAACUACUUGGCUACCAGGACUUCAGCUCUCAUAUUCUAUUCACUACUCCACAACAACUCUGGAAGCAAAAUUUAGAUCCUGAGGUAUAUAUACCAGUAAAUCAUUUAAUCUGGAGCCCUAGGGCAAGAUCAUGACCCUGCUUUCUCCCAUGAUCCGGUUUUAUUUUUGUGAUGCUCUGAAGUGCUUUGCUUCUAGUGAGCAGUUUAGAUCAAAGCAUCCCAAGGGCCUAUGAUCUGACCUCCUAGAGCUGUGAAUCACUCCCAACUCGAGUCACAAAGCCUUGAGACCAAACUGGAUGCACUGGGACCCUAAAGGCCAAUGCCAAGAGGGCCUCGGAUCCUGCCACAACCCCACCUACUCCCACUUGAUGUUAACGGUGAUGGCGGGCGGACUGUUUGGCUGGAGCCGAGCGGCUCUUCUCCAGCUCCUUCUUGGCGUGAACCUGAUGGUGAUGCCUCCCAUCCAGGCCCGGACUCUGCGCUUCGUUACCUUGCUGUACCGACAUGGAGACCGGACACCAGUGAAGACAUUUCCCAGGGACCCCUAUCAGGAAGAUGAAUGGCCUCAAGGGUUUGGUCAGCUCACUAAGGAGGGGAUGCUGCAGCACUGGGAGCUGGGCCAGGCCCUGCGGCAGCGCUACCGUGGCUUUCUCAACACUUCUUACCACCCACAAGAGGUUUAUGUGCGAAGCACUGACUUUGACCGUACUCUCAUGAGUGCUGAGGCCAACCUGGCUGGACUUUUCCCUCCCAUUGGGAUGCAGCGUUUCAAUCCAAACAUCUCUUGGCAGCCUAUUCCCGUCCACACUGUGCCCAUUGCUGAGGACAGGCUGCUGAAGUUCCCAUUGGGCCCAUGUCCCCGUUACGAGCAGCUGCAGAACGAGACCCGGCAGACACCAGAGUAUCAGAAUGAGAGUAUUCAGAAUGCACGAUUUCUGGAUAUGGUGGCCAACGAGACAGGACUUACGGACUUGACACUGGAGACCAUCUGGAAUGUCUAUGACACACUCUUCUGUGAGAAAACACAUGGGCUGGUCCUGCCGCCCUGGGCCUCGCCCCAAACCAUGCAGCGUCUGAGCCGGCUGAAGGACUUCAGCUUCCGCUUCCUCUUCGGGAUCUACGAGCAGGCAGAGAAGGCCCGGCUUCAGGGGGGAGUCCUGCUGGCUCAGAUACGGAAGAACCUGACACUGAUGGCAACCUCCUCCUCCCACCUCCCAAAGCUGCUGGUUUACUCCGCGCAUGAUACCACCCUGGUUGCUCUGCAAAUGGCAUUGUAUGUCUACAAUGGUGAACAAGCCCCCUACGCCUCCUGCCAUAUAUUUGAACUGUACCAGGAAGACAAUGGGAAUUUCUCAGUGGAGAUGUACUUUCGGAAUGAGAGUAACAAGGCCCCCUGGCCACUGAGCCUGCCUGGCUGCCCUCACCGCUGCCCACUGCAGGACUUCCUGCGUCUCACAGAGCCUGUUGUGCCCAAGGACUGGCAGCAGGAGUGCCAGCUGGCAAGUGGUCCUGCAGACACAGAGGUGAUCGUGGCCUUGGCUGUAUGUGGCUCCAUCCUUUUUCUUCUCAUAGUGCUGCUACUCACCGUCCUCUUCCGGAUGCAGGCGCAGCCUCCCGGCUACCGCCACGUUGCAGACGUGGAGGAUCACGCCUGACAACCACUCAGCCCCCUUCCCUCUGCCUCUUAGGGGAGGUGGGCUUGGCCCUCACUCCUGACUGUUGCUGCUCCCAAGCCCAUGGGCAGGAGACCCUGGGUUGGGCCUUCCUCUGAUUACCCCAACCUAGACGAACAAGUGGGACUCGGCUUGGCCCAUGGCACCUGCCACUCAAUAUUCACGUGCCCGAUGUUUCCCAAGUACUGUGCUGGAUGUUGGCUCUCUCCAAAUAGGAUCUGCCUCCUCCAUGCUCCCGAAGGACCUGAUAUGUAGACAACGUUUAAAGUUUCACUCAGGACCUGGGAUAAAAAAAGGAGUUGGUGCUUCAUCUGCCUUGCCCCCCAGUCAAGACCUGGUCUCUUUUCCAGCCCGGAGUCUUUGGCAAAUGGCUCAGAAGACACAAUUUUGCCUGUCAGUGCUUAUUUUACUGGGAAAAACUGCAUAACAUUGGGACACGAACACUGGCCACCAAGGAACCAAAUCACCCAACAGCCAGCCGGUCAAGUUUCCCUUCUCCAGCUGAAGCUACCAUGAGUCAGACAUACUGCCUCAGGCAUCCUGCUUAGCCUGUAGCUUGAGUAGGUCCGAAAGGUGUCUGUACUUGGGAGGGAGUCGAGGGAGGUGGGAGGAGAGUGAGGGGUGGUACAGUCAUGAAACUACUACCCCCCUCUGCUGGGCUCAGGUCUCCAGGGAUAUGAAGUAAACGCAGGUUGUAAGCUGGACAGCUGUUGACUAUGGCCCACAAUAGGGCUGAGGUAGCUUGAGAAAAAGGAAAAUUUUGGACUCUUAGUGCUGUUUCUGUGCCUGUUCUUCGUACUGGAGACCCAGGAGUGCUUUGACCAGGUCAGCGUUGGAAGAGUCACUCAGAAGCUCAUUGGGUAUAUAUAGUUUUAUUGGCCAUGUCAAUAGUGAGCACAAAUACAAAACCACCACCUGAUCACUCUGCCACCACACGUCAGGGAGGAGAAAAGCCCCUUGGCUCCAGAAGGAGCUUGGUUCCAAGCUCGAUAUAGCAGGGAGCCUGGAGGAGCUGUGUCGCCAACUCUGGGUAAGUUUCGGAGCAAAGUCCAGAGCAAUAACAUAGCCAGUGUCCCAGCCUUACAGUAUCCCAUGGCACAGCAUCCUCGCUCCAGCCCUAAGACUUGGAUACCUUGGUCCUUUAACACAUAGCUGCCUCUUCUCACAGGACUUGUUCUCAUGUGGCUCCAAGUCCUUGCUUGGCCCACACCUUCAUUAUUGUCUCUCAUUUCCAUAUCCCAGCUUUCUCCUGGCUCCAAAUGAGAACGUGAUAACCUAGGAUGAAUAACACCGGUCUGACUCACCUUCUGUUAUCUGUCUCUCAGAGCUUGGGGCUGGCCCAGGGAGCCUAGAACUUGGUAAGGAAAUACUAGGGAAUUGGACAACAGCCAGGCAUUACCAAGACCAAGACCAAGACCAAACAAGGGUGGAGGGCCUAGGCCAAAUAGACCACUGUCCCCUGGUUAUCUUCUUCACUGACUGCUACCUUAGGUGAAUGUGGCAGGGCUAAGCUGAGGUUAGCUUGCACUGAACCUUGGGAGGUAGGGUCAGGCUUCAGAUAACAACCUACUUCACUCACCCAUCAGAGAGGCCAGUGUGUCCCCCAUAGGAUUGAACUCAUUGAGCUGCAGAGACAAGGGGAUAAGCAUGAGGAGGGGGUGAAGGUAUUACUUCUGGUCAUUUUUGGUCAAUAAGGUAGGUUGAAUCCCUGCUUCCUCCCAUCAUUAUUUGAGGGCCCAAGCCUCACCGAAAUGAUACCAGAAGAUUCUGAGUCAUAGAGCUGAUGCAUCAACUUCCCUGAGCUUCCAUCAAACAUAUCGAUUGUCCUUAAUUCAUGGGGGAAACAACUUUUGAAAUUAGGAUCUGGGUAUCUGCCCACAACAAUGAGGUUGUACCGUGGAUGCCAGGAUGCCUAGGAGAUGGAAAGGCUGGUCAUGAGAGUAAAUGCAGAAUACUAUCAAGAGGGUUCAUAAGUAUUCUUUGCCAUUAACAAUUGUUAAUACAGUUGUCAACGAUUUAAUAACGGAGAUAAGAUCUAUAUAAAACUACAAGAAUAGUUUUCAAUUGCG